AUGGCAGACGAAUUGUUCGAUGCUAAAUCCGCGGAUGGAUCAUUCAAUCUGGUGAAUCCUUCACCGUGCCCGCUUAAAGCAGAGGGAGCCUCAAGCUUCAAUCAGCUCCUUCAGGAUCACGGCAUCAGCCAGGAGCUCACGGAUCGGCUGCUCGCCGACGGUUGGGAUGCGAAAUCUUUUCGCCAUGUUGUCUGCCAGGAAUCUGAGCUUGCGGGGGUUAAGAAGAACUGGUCUUGGAUCCCGUGGAAGAGUCGCAUGACACAACAGAUGUAUGAGGAUUCCCUCAUGCAGAAGCCCGCAAAAAGGGCCAGGAUUGAGACCCUUCAGCUUUCGGACCUGUUGCUUGAUGAACCGCCACAGAUUGAUAUCAAUGAUUCCACCAUGGGGAUUUCAAUGAUCCGUAGGCUGUUGGAGGUGCAUGACAAUGCCCUCGCUCUUGCAGGCACCGCGCAUCUUGCGCGCCUCAAAGCUUACACCUCUAAGUUCUUGAGCCUGGUUUCGCAAAAAUUCCCGCCUGAAACAAACCUUCGGCCCCCCUCUGUGCUGGAAGCUCAGCAGGCGGACAAACACUUGUGGUCGUGCAUCUUUCAACUUGUGAUCGAGAAAGAAUGGCAGGUGAAUGAUGCGAUCUACGAGUUCACGGAGAUCCGUGGCGAUAUGUCGUCAUGGCUGCAGCCCCGCGCGUCCGCAGAUGUUCCUCCUGCGCAACAUCUCCCUUCAGCACAGCCAAUGCCCGGAGUACCGGCGCGUCUUUUUCUCGAGAUCACAUGGAACAAUCACUCGCGCCAUCAACUUAGCAUGGCUGUCCGUGCUUCAGGUGGAAACUCCCUCACCCUAAGCCCCAGCCUUGACCCGACCCUGGAUGUCCUUUGCCCAGACCUCCUCGAGCAGGUCCUCUUCCUUUGCGGCUCGGGAGCGGUCGCGUAUCUUGCAGCAUCGCCACUAGCCGAGUCAGCAGACUCGCCUGACGACGUGGGUUCCUCCUCGUGGCUGCUAUCGGCAAUGCACGAGCAAACGGCGGCGGCAAAGGUUUCCCGUUGCACCUGGCUCCUCAGCAUUGUACACACUGCAGGGGGUCAAGGGCAUUUGGAAUUGCCCCCCACUUCUUCUUACUGGUCGUCUGAGCGGCCCCAGGCCUGGCUGCAUCAGGGAAACUGUGCUCUGAUCUUGAUACCCCCAUUGCUGUACUCAGACUCAGCUAUUCCGUGCCAGCCCCAGCUUUUGGCUGCUUCUUACCGCCCGCUUUCCGCCCUGGCGGUCAGCUCGCCCGCCUUCGCUCCCCCGCAAUGCGCAAGUGCAUUUGCAUCUUCGUUUGCCACGAUCGCUGCCCCUCUGCUCCCGGCAGAGGGCCGCGAGCUAUCCCUGCAGUCAGUCAUCAAGUCUAUCCCACGCAAAGGCCUUUUCGCAGGCCCACAUGCACUUCAUGAUGGUGCUGGAAAACGCUCCAUUGCCGAUUGGAGCAGCCCUGCAAGCCAUGAUGCAUUUCGGGGAUUACGCAAAGCCCUGUUGCAAUUCUGCAUCUCAGCUCGAGCCGACAAACGCUUGCUUGCUCGCGGUUCCUGCCCGUCGAAUGAACCGCUUUUCAGCUCUUCCGAAGUGUCCGCAGCCAGGGAUCUGGUGUUUCCUUCGCUGGGUAUGCAGACCCCGGAUAACGCUUGGUAUGUGCAUCCAUACCAACCCAUGUGCUUGCACGCGUUUGAAGCCCUGGCACAACAUUGUGGCGAUCAGGACAUUCAUCUGUUUCCGCAUUUGCGUAUGGGUGUGCCAACCGGGUACUUGAAUGACAUCCCCCCUUCCAACUGUUUCUGGCCUCCCAAAGGCCAAUCAGGGGAGCUGAUUCCAUUGGCGCUCAAUCUUGAAAACUGGAAGUCGGCCGAUGUGGCUCCUGAGGUCACUUCGCGCCUGCUCCAAGAGGAGUUGGACGCGGGAUACUGCUUUAAGUUUGAAGGCACACUUGAGGAGGCGAAAAGUAGAUGGCCCGUUGGCCUAGCACUGGGAAAAUUGGGGGUUGUUAGGGCUCCGGGGAGGGCCGAACGACUCGUGUUGGACAACAGCGUAGCUGGGACCAAUUCUCAGUGCACAGUGCCGGAACGUCAAUGUUUCCCGAGCAUACACGAUGUUUCGCAUUCUUUCCCGAUUCGCGAGACUUCCGACCGCCAGAUGGCCAUUUGCAUUGAUGUCAAGCAGGCGCACAAGCGCUGCCGCAUCCGCGACUCCGAGCAGGGCCUGCUCGGCUUCACUUGGCACAACGCGCUAUACUUUUUUCGCUGCUGCCCAUUCGGAGCAGUUUUCUCACAGCAUUGGUGGGGUCGCGUGGGAGGGUGCACUUUGCGCCUGUUACAUACCCUGCUGUUCCUGGCCCAUGUGGGCCUCCUUUUCGUGGACGACUUCAUUUUCAGCCAAGCGGCCAGCCUCAUGCCGCUCUCGGGAGCUGUGAUAUGCCUCUUUCUUCAGAUCCUGGGUGUUCCAGUCAGUUGGAAAAAAUUACAAAUUUCUUGCCGGGUCGAUUGGAUUGGAUGGCGGUUGUGCUUCUCUUCGGGUACGGUUAGUCUCAGGGAAGAAAAACGCUUGCGGCUCCUUGAACAAGUGCGUUCCCUUCUGAGGGGCGGGGGCCGUAUCUCUACCAAGGAACUGGAAUCCUUUCUGGGCCUUGCCAUGUGGGCCUGUGCACUCUUCCCCACUAUGCGUGCCAUGAUGCACCCUUUCUACAAAGACCUUUGGUCUCCGGCUGCCACUAAUUUCAGCAUUGCUCCGGAAUCGUGGCAUAGCAUCUGUAAUUUCCUUGAUUCUUCACUCAGGUUUAAGGCCUCACCUCCUCACACUGCCAUCCCCGCGGGCGCUAAGCUCCUCUCGGCUCGUCAUGUGCCUUUCACAACCCUUGCAGACUUGUCCAAAGUCGCCGUGACGCACAAAAGAUUGUGGCUCCGCGUUGAAUGCCUUAGCAGCUCGAGGCGGAAACUCUCCUGUGCCUCCAUCCGCUCGUUGCAGGCCUUCGAGCGUUGGUUGCAACACGUGGCACCACUCGCCAGCAUGCGCCCAUCUCAGGUUGCAGACGUUGAGGCCUUCGCCGAUGCAUCGGCGUCCGGCCCAUCUUGCAGUUUGGGGGGUUUUGUUUCUUGUCCGGUUCUAGGCCAGGUUUGGUUCACUGAAACCUUUUCAGUCCAGGAAUUUGAAGCAGCAGGCAUUCCUUUCGGCAAUGACCUGGCUAAGGAGAUAGCCAGUUGUGAAGCCCUGGCUCAGGCGGGGCUGAUUCUUGCUCUCUCUAGGCUGGCUCCUUGCAGCAGGGUUCCUUUACGCCUCCCGUCCCUCUGCGAUAACUCAGGGGCGGAGGCAGGUCUGAAUAAGAUGUUUUCCACCAAAUUUCCCCUAGGCCUCGUUCUUGAACACAUCGCCCUCCUGGCGGCCAUGCAUCGCAUCUCUAUCGAUGUGUCUCAUGUCCCAGGUGCCAAGAACUGCAAAGCCGACGCACUUAGCCGGCCGGCUGAGUACCCCACACCUCCAGACUGCCUUCCAUGCCAGCGCAUACGCUUUGGGCUCUCUGCUCUCUGGGAGCCUUGUCCUGAGGUGCAGAUUUUCCCUUCCAGCUUCACCCUUCCUUGGCUUCGCUGA